AGUAAUUUUAUAUUAUUUGUAUUUAAAGUGCUAAUGUUAGGACAGUGUUUUCUGGAACUAAAAUCUCACUAAAAUGAUGAGUUUCCUUUCAAGAGCCUGAGCAGCCAGGGUUAGGCUACAUGCUGCCUGUGAGCUUAUCCGACCAGAGUGAACCUUCAUGGCUAUAUCCUUUUUAUCUCCUCUGGUGUAGAUACGUAAGUGGUGUAAGUGUAGAUAUUUGAUGAAUGUAACUUUAUAAAGUUUCAUGUAUGCUGUACUUUAUUCUGUCUCAUGAUCUACCUUUAAAAUAAAAUACAGUGCUUUGAGAGCAGAGACCUAUUAACAAAUUAUAGACACCAGAACAAGUUUGGAAAUACUUAAAACAAUUUCAUGAUUUGUGGAGACUGUCUUUAGUAGAUUUUGCGGCAGUCAUGUUGCUGCUCUGUCAGAGCUUAGACUUGGCUUGAUUUCAGUUUUAAUCUAUACCCCAUUUUUCUAACGUUUUGUUUUCCCCUGCUUUCUAUUUGUUUUGCUAAUAUUUUAACCAAAGGCUGACACUAGAAGCUUUCUUUAUCUUGCACUUCCCCUGUAGGUGAGUGCCAGUAUCUUUGCCUGAGUGGGGAGAGGAGGGAGCACUUGAGAUCCUACUCUAUUUCUUUCCCUGUAGCAUGAAAGCAAUUUUUAACCAACCUUUAGAAAGAAAGCAAAACUUGUCCUCAGGCAAACUCACACUUGGUGCAGCUUCUUAGAAAGCUUUGCUCCUUAAAGAAUACUGAUUGCGCUACUCACUUUCAAGCAGGGAGGAGAAGCUCUUUGUCUGGAGCCAAAGAGAAAAUGAAAUAGCAGCGCAGGAGGGGUGGCCAUGGUGCUGGCAGCCCUGCUGGCAGCUCUCUCACCUGCAAACAGCCAUGCAUUUGCCAACCUGGCGCUCAGCGUUGUCCCUGCAGGGAACAGUUUCUCCUCCUCUGGCUGGUCUGUGGGGUGGGCUUGGGGCACUCCGUCCUACAACGGCUGAGGGCUUAGCAGAAGGGAUGAGCUGCAACUCAAGAAAUCAUGCGUGGUGCUCUCAUUGCAUAGGAACCUAAUAACGCUGUGAACGAGACAGGUGACUGUUUGAUGGUGAACAGAGUCCUAGAAAAGUAUUACCUUUCUACCCUGUACAGCCUUGAGUUCAUUUUAGGCUUCAUUGGAAACACCGUCGUUGUGUUCGGCUAUAUUUUCUGCCUGAAAAACUGGAAAAGUGGCAACAUCUACCUGUUCAAUUUAUCAUUAUCAGAUUUAUUAUUUCUGUGUACUCUUCCAAUUCUUGUGAACAACUACUCCAGAGAUCAAUGGAUAAAGGACAGCAUCCUGUGCCGCAGCAACAGAUUCCUGCUGCAUGCAAACCUGUACAGCAGCAUCCUUUUCCUCACUCUUAUCAGUAUUGACCGAUACAUGCUGAUAAAAUACCCUUUCAGAGAACAUUUUCUACAGAAGAGGAAAAUGGCCCUUAUUGUGUCUGCUGCCAUAUGGAUCGGGGUGAUACUGGAACUGCUGCCUCUGAUGUAUUUCCUGGAGGCUACAAUGUCUGCUGAUAAUUACAAGUGUCUUGAUUACGCAAGCUCUGGAGAUCCUGUGAAAAACCUCAUCUAUAGCAUGUUCCUGACUGUCUUUGGGUUCCUUAUCCCUCUCUUGAUUAUGUGCUGCUUCUAUGUGAAGAUGGUUCUUUUUCUUAAAAACAGGAGCGAGCAACUUAGUUCUCUUCUGACACUUGAAAAACCUCUCACUUUAGUCAUCCUCACAGUGGUUAUCUUCUCAUUGCUCUUUACUCCCUAUCAUGUAAUGCGCAAUGUCCGACUUGCUUCCCGAAUACCAGCCUUGAAUGUCUCUGUGUGCACGCAGGGCGUCAUCAAUGCUGUUUACGUCAUCACAAGGCCUAUUGCAUUUUUAAAUAGUGCCAUUAAUCCUGUUUUCUAUUUCUUAAUGGGGGACCACUUCAGAGAGAUGUUGAUGGCAAAAAUAAGGCAGCUCUUGAGCAGAUUGACAACCACUGGCAAAUGAAUGAAUAAGGAGACUUAUUGUAAUGGGAGACAGCAAAGAGGAAACUCUCUUAGCGACAGCAUUCACCAAUGUACAGUGCCUUUUUUUUGGGGGGGGGGGUGUUUUGGUUGGGGGUUUUUUGGUUUUUUGGGUUUUUUUAGAUAACUUUAUGCUAUAGAGCAUUUGUGAGCUGAUUGUGUUUCUCUGAAUGCACUUGUUAACUUAUUGGACAGGAGAUGUCCUUCUGCUAAUCUGACUCGAGCAAAUUAGAAGUGAUGCUUAUUCACAUCAGUACAGCAGGAAACCAUGCUCUCAUAGCAGAAUACCUUAUGGCCUAUUUAUUCUGUAAAUAAAAGAUCAUCAUGGUAGUUCUUAGAGAGAAAAUAUGUUUGCAAACUCUGCAUCUCCUGGGAGGUUUACCUUUCAGAAUAAAUAACUGUGAAAAUUUACCUUUCCAGCUGAUUUGGCAAGGGUUGGCAUCUCAGAUGUGGCAAAAAAGGAGGGUAUGCAAAGGGCUGGGUGGUAUUGCAGAAGGGAGGCAGUGACUAGGUUGCUAUUUUUGUUUGUAACAAGCGCGAGGAGUGCAGAAAGCUGUAAGGUUCAGCUGCUGGUUCUACAACCACUUCAUGGAAGCUCUGAGACAGCAUAGGCAUGUGUGUGUGGAUAGGUACUUUCACACUUUGAUAUUAAAGCUAGAUACAGCUUGCAGAAAUGAAAAUAAGAAAAUCUAUCAUUUUAGUUCUUAAUUGAGAUUUGCCUUCAUAUAUCACUGGGACAACAGUAAUUUUUGCAGUCACUUUUCAAAGUAUAAACUUAUUUAACUUUAGUGUGAUUAUCUACAAGCGUGAGCAGAAUGUAUAGCUGAAGCAGAAUUUGGACCUUGCAGUUCUAACUUUAACGGUUCCAAUAAUGAAAUGGGGCUAAUAAAGAACCAGUUAUCUGUCUUAACAUCCUGCACAAUUGGCUGACCUGACUUCAAAUUUGAAGGGUGCAGAGAUGGAUGAAGUGAUUAGCUCGUACAAGGUUGGGCUGUGGAAGGACCUGUUGAGAGCGGAGAGUGGGCUGGGCAGAGCAUGGGCAGCAGUGCAAGCAGGGCAGGGGCAGCCCUCUCAGGCCUCUCCUCCCCUGCGUUCCAGCAGGCACUGGAGGAGCCUCUGGUGAAGCACAAGGUGAGCACUGCCAGGAGCUCCCUUUUCCCCUGGGUGUGGAGAAAGGACCGCCCGUAAUGUCUCAUCAGAGACAACUUUAGUUCUGCUUUCUGAUGUGUUGUUCACCUGCAACACACUUAACUGUGUCAGUGAUACCUACCUGCCUGACCAAAACCUGCACAUCCUGUUUAAAAAAAAAAAAAAAAAAGAAAAAGAAAAAAGAAAAAGCCUCCUUUGUGUUGAGUGGUUUGUUUUAUAUGCUGUUUUCUUUAAUGUCCAUUGAAUUGAAGCCUUUUUCCCGUUAACAGUUAGACCCUAAAAGUCUGUGAACAAAAGUACUUAUUUGGCUCGAUUUGAGGGAUAAAGUAGCUGCUUCCCUCUGCAAGUAUCUUGCAGCAAUACCCACGUCAGUGUUGCUCUGGGGUUUCAUGGUUCCAUGCCCAAGCACCCAUGGGGGGUUCCGUGGGGAUUCCUCCGAGCUCAGGGUAAUGCUGCUGCUGCUGCUGAUCCUGGUGAUACAGCGGGAAGGAUCUUGCUGUUGCAUCACAAGAGACUCUCCAGCACAGCUCCCUGAGAAGUUUGCCAUGGGAGGGUUGGUCCCAUCCCCCAGUAGUGCUGCUGGCUAAAGCCAUCACUUCAUUUCUGCUGGCAGCAGUUCCUGUGCUGGAACAGCAAGGAUGAGGGGCUGGAAACAACAGCCAGCCUGCGCCAGUGGGGAGAGGACGUCGGGGAGUGCCAAUCAGAGUUUUGACCAGAAAGAAAUGUGUGUAAAUCCUGAUGUUCUCCCUUCUGUUUGCUUUGUAACAAAUCUUUACACAUAAAUCACUAAAUCACUCUCUGUCAGUGGUGGAAAAAAGAUCCAUCAUAUGUGUUAUGGCAGCGUGGCCUGGGGCAGAUAAGGCUGCAAUUGACGUUAUAAAUACCUCCUGGUUUCGUAAGGACCUUUGUAUGUAGCACCAAAAGGCAAUUAUUCAGCUGGGUGUGAUACUGCACAUGUUCAUCCCAAUACACAGGAAGCUAAGAGCAAAAUUUCCAAAAGCAGGUUAAAUAUUCCCAUUUUAAAGUUGGUGUCUAAUUCACUAAAGAGGAAUUUUGUUCCAGGGAAAGUACCAUACAGCAAUAAAUAUUAAGCUGAAACACCUUCAGUAGGCUCCUCUUCGCCUUUUGUAGCGGACAGAGCAGGACUUUUCAAAGAAGUGUUUAUUUUCUAAAACUAAGCAAUUUGGGGCUUUUCUGUAUCAGCUCAGUGGCUUCUUUUUCUUGUGAAUGGGCUUAUAUGAUGCACAAGAGUAGUUUCUGUUUUUUCAAAAUAUGCUCACAGUCCCAUAGAAGUGGAAAGGCCAUGUACACUCCAUGUACUGAAUUUUUUUCCCACGUUAGAGAUUUGUGGUUGUCAGCUCCUACAUCUGACUAUUUGCUUUGACUGCUGCCAUCCGUCUUGGGCUUGAGAGAGAAUGUGAAAAGAGAAAUUUUACUUUUUUAACACAAA